UACAAAGUUUACACCUUUACUCUUCACCGCAUCAUUUGCCUUCUGUGUGUAAUUAUUAAAAGUUUCGAAGAAGAAGAAAAACUUCGGCGGCUAUGGCGUCUGCUUUGGUUCUGCUUUUGGUGUUCGUGUUUGAUCUCAUAGCUUUUGCUCUCGCUGUUGCUGCAGAGCAACGAAGAACCACCUGGCGAGUUGUUAAAGAAGGAGAAUCGGAUUAUUGUGAGUACGAUAAGGAUAUAGCCACGGGCCUUGGAGUGGGCGCUUUCCUGAUCUUAUUGGCGAGUCAGCUCAUUAUAAUGGGCGUGAGCCGAUGCUUGUGCUGUGGAAGGGCAUUGACACCGAGUGGGUCGAGAUCCUGGGCAAUUGUUCUUUUCAUCACUGCCUGGGUAUUCUUCUUCAUAGCAGAGGUGUGUUUACUCGCGGGUUCUGUGAGAAAUGCAUACCACACCAAGUACAGAGUCUACUUAGGCCGUCACUCCCCUUCCUGCAAAACCUUGAGGAAAGGAGUCUUUGGAGCCGGGGCCGCUUUCAUUGUUCUCACCGGCAUAAUCUCGGAGCUUUACUAUGUUGGCUAUUCAAGAGCCAGGGAUUUCCAGUCUCCUAGAGAUCCCGGAAUCCGGAUGAGCAGCCUUUAGAUACAUUCUUCCUCAAAUGGUGUGGUAGGUAGAAUUCAGAUCCAUUAGGGUUUUCUUGUCGUUCUGAAUUUGCAUUGUCUGAACUUUGAAUCAGAGUUUAUGUGUUUGGCGUUCUUGGGGGUCAGUUUCUUCUCUUGUGGGUUAGAGCUUUAGGUAUCUGUUUUACUGAUUGCUUUUGUGUAUCAGUUGCUUUUUUGGUGUGUUCUGGUAC